AUGGACCCUGCAUAUUCAGGGAUACGAAUCGUAGGUCCAUACGAAUCGAAGGUCCACAAACUCUCAGGAUCCAAGAGAUCCAAUGGAGGACGAAGUCUUAAUGUUGGAUCAAUUUGGGUAUACAGAGGCAUCAAGCCACAAGUAUCACUUAAUUCUCUUUAUAUUGGGUGA